CCCUCCCUCCCCUCUCUUUUUCUCUGUGCUUUUUAAGAACGAAAGUAAAAGUCUUUCGAAUAAACCGUCUUUCGGAUGUAAUCUCCACAUCAGAAGAUUAACAUCUACAGAAAUCAAGUCGGUCAUGAAAAGGCAAAGACAGCAGAGCAAGCAGACAGCAGAGCAAGAUGGAGUUACAAAGCAGCCCAAAAGAACGUCAGCAGGAUCAGCAGCAGAAAGGACGAGUUCUCCUGCUCCCAGCUGCGUGUCCAUGAAGAGCGAUGCGUCCAUGGAUUUUCUUUACGAAUUCGGUCGAGGGAAAAAGAUCUGUGGAAAAAGUAAUGAUGACGAAAGACCACGAUUAGCUUCUCCUAGUAAACUCUCAGUGGUGAGUGACGAGUCAGAACUCAUCCAGGACGAUGAGGAAACGUUUCUACGUCUGCACCCAUCAGCCUCGGCACCGGUGACGUCCAAGCCACAUGUGCCACAAGUCUGCAGGCAGCACAACAAGCCUCUGGAAAUCUUCUGCAACACGGAUCAGAGGCCGAUAUGUAAACAGUGUGCAACUGUGGAACAUGGAGGACACAACAAGAGCUACACAAGGACGGCUAAGGCCCUGCUGGAGCUGGACACGUUGAAAUUACUUGAGCAAACACUGAACAGUUUAGACACAAAAGUGUUCAUGUGCUACCUGUGCCAAAAUUACCCAGAAUGCUUUGAGACUGCUCAGGUGACUUCUGAUAUCCAGGAAGCAUCUAAACUCAUUCUGGAAAAAUUUGGCUCAGAUGCAGCUCCAAAGAUUGCCCUCAAGGUCAUGCUGGAGUUAGGGAAAAGUCAUAAGAACAUCCAAGAUCAUCUCAAAUCUAAACUUCAGGAUCAUCUUAGAUCCAAAUUCCAGUCCAUACGUGAAGGGAACGCUCAACAGGGGAACCAGAUUCUCCUAAACGAUAUCUUCACAGAGCUUUUCAUUACAGAAGGAGGGGAUGGAGCUAUCAAUAAAGAGCAUGAGAUCAGACAGAUCGAGGACGCGAGCAAGAACAAGGGAGCUGAAGAGAUUGUGAUAAAAUGCAACGACAUCUUCCAACCUUUACCCGGGCAGAACAAGCGCAUCCGGACCGUGCUCACCAAAGGUAUCGCUGGGAUUGGGAAAACCGUAUCUGUUCACAAAUUCAUCCUGGACUGGGCAGAAGGAAAAGCCAAUCAGGAUAUCCAUUACAUCUUCCCGCUUCCUUUCCGUGACCUGAAUUUGAAGGGAAAUAACGAAUAUAGCGUGAUGGAGCUCCUUUAUCAGUACUUUCCAGAACUUACAGAACUCCGCACUAUAAGGAGCGAGGAAGUAAAAACCUUGUUCAUCUUCGACGGCCUGGACGAGUGCCGACUUCCACUGAAUUUCAGGAACAAUGAAAUGUGCUGUGACUUGACACAAAAAAUCUCCGUGGACGUCCUGCUCACAAACCUCAUUCGGGGAAAUAUACUUCCCUCUGCUCUUCUCUGGAUAACCUCACGUCCGGCGGCGGCCGAUCAGAUCCCUCCUGAGUAUGUCGACCAGGUAACCGAGGUCCGUGGGUUUAAAGACUCUGAGAAAGACGAAUACUUCCUAAAGAGGUUCGGUGAUCGAGGUCUUGCUGAGAAAAUUAUUCAACACAUAAAGUCUUCGAGGAGCCUCCACAUUAUGUGCCAUAUCCCCGUCUUCUGCUGGAUAUCUGCUACGGUUCUGGAGAAGAUGUUGGGUCAGUCAGACACAGAAGUACCUAAAACUCUGACCCAGAUGUACAACCACUUUCUUCUCAUUCAGACACAUCUGAAAAACAAGAAAUACCACGGAGUGAAUCGGGCCCACAUGGAGCUGCUCGAAUCUGACAAAGAGAUGAUCUUCAAGCUGGCCAAGUUAGCAUUUCUGCAGUUAGACAAAGGGAAUCUGAUUUUCUACGAAAACGAUUUAACUGAAUGCGACAUUGAUGUCAGCAAAGCGACCGAAUACUCUACGAUCUGCACAGAAAUUUUCAAAGAAGAGUUCGUGUUGUACCGAGAGAAGGUCUUCUGUUUUGUACACCUGAGCAUUCAGGAGCAUUUAGCCGCCGUUUACGCACAACAUACAUUUAUGGUCAAGCGUGUGAACGUCCUUCAAGAGAACAGCAAGAAUCAGAGCAAUGCGGUGAAGAUGUCAGAUUUGCACAAGAACGCCGUGGAUAAAGCGCUGAAAAGUGAGAAUGGACGCUUUGACCUUUUCCUGCGCUUUCUCCUCGGUCUCUCGCUCGACUCCAAUCAGACUCUCUUGAAAGGACUGCUGCCCAAAGCCUGUGUGGAGAGUUUGGAGGAAACGGUGGACUACAUCAAGGAGAAGAUAAGAAAGGAAUCGUCGGCCGAAAGGACUAUCAACCUGUUCCACUGUCUGAACGAACUGAAUUACAACUCGCUGGUGGAAGAAAUACGUAGUUUUCUUAGAUCUGGCAAGCAGUCGGAGGCGGAGCUUAAACCCGACCAGUGCUCAGCCUUGGCCUAUGUGCUGUUAACGUCCGAGGACGUCAUAAAUGAAUUUGACCUAAAGAUGUGUAACACAUCUCCCGAGGGGUAUCGAAGACUGUUACCGGUUGUCAAGACCUCGAGAAAAGCCAGUCUCGCAGGCGUCAACCUCACCGACGAAUCCUGUGAAAUCCUGGCUUCGAUUCUCCAGUCCGCCAACUCACACCUGGUAGAACUGGACCUGAGCUUUAACAGUUUGGGAGAUUUAGGAGUGAAACUUCUCUGCAUUGGUCUCUCAAAUCAGCACAGCAGACUGGAGAAACUGACCCUCAGUCACAACCAGCUGGAACAUAUCGGGGUGAAGCUGCUGUGCGACUGUCUGAUGAGUCCUCACUGUAAACUGCAGACACUUGGAUUGGCUGGCACAAACUUCUCCGAACAAUCUUGUGAAUUAAUGGCUGCAGUUUUCCAAUCUGCAAACUCCCACCUGAAAGAGCUCGACCUCGGCUGCAACACGGACGUUAAAGACUCCGGAGUGAAGCUUCUCUGCACCGGACUGAUUAGUAUACACUGUAAAAUCGAGAAACUCAGCUUGGACAGAUGUGACCUGAGUCAUGAAUCAUGUGAAGCUUUAAAAACUGCUCUCCAGUCACCCAACUCAUGCUUGAGAAAGCUGGAUCUCGGCUACAACAAGCUCGGAGACUCCGGUGUACAACAGCUUUGCGAUGGACUAACACAUCCAGACUGUAAGCUGGACUUACUGGAUCUGAGCUACAACAACCUCGGCCAUUCCGGAGUGAAACUUCUCUCUACCGGACUGAUGAAUCCGGAGUGUAAACUCAAGAGCUUAAGACUUGCUGACGUCGGCAUUCCAGAGGAGACGUGUGAAACACUGGCCUUGGCGCUACAGUCGGAAAACCCACACCUCAGAGAACUCGAUCUCAGCAACAACUACAUUGGAGAUUCAGGAAUAAAGCUGCUCUGUGCUGGAUUAAUCAGCCCAAACUGCUUCCUCGAAAAACUCAGUCUGCGGUGGUGUAAUCUGACCGAGGCGUCCUGUUCAAACCUGGCCUCUGUUCUGAGUUCACACACUCGUUUGACAGAGCUAGAGCUCAGAGACAAUGAUGUGAAAGACCCAGGGCUGAAGCUGCUCUGCUCUGGUCUUCAGAAUCCAGGAUGUUCACUGCAGAAACUGGGGUAA